ACAAAGUAUAGUCAGGACAUUACUGAUGUAAAAAAACAACACCUUCAUUAUUUGAAAAAAAGUCAUUUUGAUCAAAUCUAGACAGGCCCCAUUUCCAGCAGCCAUCAGCCCAACACCUUAUCCUUGAGUAAUCAUGCUUAAUUGAUCAUUUAGUAUUAGAAAAUCACUUGCCAUUAUAUCAAACACAGGUGAAAGCUAUUUGGUUCAUUAAAUGUGCUAAAUGUAAUAUUUGAAAAUCAUAAAAUGACCAUAAUAUGUCAUUAGAGAAUUAGGAAACAUGCUAAGUUGAAAUACUGGCUUCUACAAUAACAAUGCUACAGCCAGUAUAUUCUACUUUCAAGUUUCCAUUCUGGGCUGGAAUUUCUGUGUAUGUUUUGGACUGUGUGAUCCCACCCACUGCCCACUCACCAAUAGUAUUUCGACCCGGCCGGGUUGCCAGAUUUGAACAAGUUUGCAGGCAAACACUGCGUGCUGCAACCAUGGAAGCCAGCAAACGAACUGGAUCAGAGAUAACAGAUUCCACCUGACCUAAAAAGCCAUCCAUCUAAACACCACCAUGACCAGAGGCGUAGUAAAACAAGGAAAAAUAUUGGAGAUGCCUUUGGAAGAUGGAGACAGCUUAAAGGCCAGAAAUCCUUUAAAAUGGAUGCUGAGUUGGCUAAUUUGCGUGUCAACAUUCUGGCAACCCGCAUGAGCUUCGAGUCUGGGGUGGGGCAGACACCUCUCCAAUAUUUUGAAUUUGGACUGCAGUACCCAUUUCAAACGUUUGUUGUCAAUCUUAUAUAUAGCACCUUUAAAUGAAGCUUAACAUUCUUGUCUUUGUGUUUGUUUUUGAGUUUCCAAAGUAUGCAAUAGACUGGCAUGUCUCAAGGUCAAUAUUAGGUAAAAAAUGGCAAAAAAAAAAAAAAAAAAAAGAAACAGCUUUCUCUAGAAACUCAUCAGUCAAUCAUUGUUUUGUGGAAUGAAGGCUAUACAAUGCUUGAAAUUGCCAAAAAAAAAAACAACCUGAAUAUUUCAUACAAUGUUGUAUACUACAGUCUUCAAAGACAAAGGACAACUGGCUCUAACAAGGACAGAAGGAGAUGUGGAAGGCCAGAUUUACAACUAAACAACAGGAUAAGUACAUCAGAGUCUCUAGUUUGAGAAAUAGACACCUCACAUGUCCUCAGCUGACAGCUUCAUUGAAUUCUACCCACUCAACACCAGUUUCAUGUACAACAGUAAAGAGAAGACUCAGUGGUGCAGGCCUUAUGGGAAGAAUUGCAAAGAAAAAGCCACUUUUGAAACAAAAAACAAAAAAAGGUUAGAAUGGGCAAAGAAACACAGACAUUGGACAACAGAUAAUUGGAAAAGAGGGUUAUGGAUCAAAAUCAAAUCAAAUCACUUUUAUUGUCAUACAACCAUAUACACAAGUGCAACAGUGGGUGAAAUUCUUGGGUGCAGUUCCGAGCAACAUAAUAGUCGUGACAGUGAUGAGACAUAUACCAAUUUACAAUAAACAUCAGAUUUACACAACACAAUUUAAAGUCUAUUAUACACAUAAUUACACACAACACAAUAUACAAAUAAUAACAUACACUGUACAGUAUACAAUACACACAAUAUAGAUACACAUUAUUCAAUAAAAAAAAAUAUAUGUAGUAUAUAUAAAAUGUACAGUAGGUUGUAUUGUACUGUAUUGACAUUCAGGCUGUCGGUUGCCAGUGUGUUGUUAAGCGAAUAUAAUUUAUGACUGUCCAGUGUGAGAUUAAUAAAGUGCAGUGCUGAUGUAUUUUGAUCAUGAGAGAUCAAGAGUUUAAAUGUCUGAUUGCUUGGGUGAAGAAGCUGUCAUGGAGUCGGCUGGUGCGGGUCCUGAUGCUGCGAUACCGCCUGCCUGAUGGUAGCAGUGAGAAUAGCCCAUGGCUCGGGUGGCUGGAGUCUCUGAUGAUCCUCCGAGCUUUUUUCACACACCGCCUGGUAUAUAUGUCCUGGAGGGAGGGAAGCUCACCUCCGAUGAUGUGUCUGGCAGUUCACACCACCCUUUGCAGGGCUUUGUGGCUGUGGGCGGUGCUAUUUCCGUACCAGGCAGUGAUGCAGCCAGUCAGGAUGCUCUCUACAGUGCAGGUGUAGAACCAUGUGAGGAUGUGGCGGUUUCCAAACUUCCUCAGCUGUCUCAGGAAGAAGAGGAUCUUAACCCCAUUGAGCUUUUGUGGGAUCAGCUAGACUGUAAGGUGCGUAAGAAGUGCCCAACAAGACAGCCACAUCUAUGGCAAGUGCUACAGGAAGCGUGGGGUGAAAUGUCACCUGAGUAUCUGGACAAACUCACAGCUAGAAUGCCAAGGAUCUGCAAAGCUGUCAUUGCUGCACGUAGAGGAUUUUUUGAUGAGAAAGCUUUGAAGUAGUUUAAGAAGUUCUGAAAUUUUCUUUUUCAAAUUGUAAUAGUAAUUUUUCAUGUUAUUAAUGUCCUGACUAUAUAUUGUGUUCAGGUGAAUGGCACUUUGGUGAAUAAAAGUACCAAUUUCUUUCCAUAAGAUCAAAAUCUGUACAUUAUUCCAAACCUUUGGCCGCCAGUGUAUACCUAUAGGUAUUUUGAAAAUAUAAUGUAUUUAUAGUUACAGAUUUACUAGGCUUGUUUUAUUGAGAUUUAUGUUGGCUGUUCUGCUGUCUAAACAGAUGAGGGGUUCAAAACUGAUGUCCUGUGUAACUGCUGUACUGUUUCACAGGAUCAAUGCUGUUCAGAUGAAAGUAUUUAGCAGUCCUCACUCUAUUGAAAUGGGUUUGUUUCAAAAACUGUGAAUCAUAAGGAAUAUAUGGAUUUCUAUGAAGAAUGUAGGCAUGAGUUGCUCAAAGUUGUGAACAUUGUUUUAUGGAUGUGAAAGGUGCACUCAGUAACUUUGCUUGUGUCAUCUAGGACUUGCAGUGACACCUAUUGGCAUGGAUACAGCAUCAUUCAAAUUCAAUAGUUUUCAGUUUCAGAUGCCAUUGUAGAAAUUUAGUAUUCACAGUCAGCCAUGAUUAUUUUAAUAAAUGAGUGAAAGUGUCAAAUAACAGGACUGUUACUGAGAUUAAGCGAGUAGUAUUCAACUGGUCAUGUGAUAGUAUCAUGGCAGCCCCCAUGUGUGGACCCUCUCCAUGUAAAAUAAUACAGCUUUUAUAAGGUUACUGAUAUGACUGGAUUCUUCAUUUCAUGUGAGUGCUCAUGAUUUUAUAUAUAUAUGUAUAUGUAUAUGUUUCAAAAUAACAAUUAAUUUCUUUUGGAUAAAAACCUGUGUGUGUGUGUGUGUGUGUGUGUGUGGAUUUUAUCCCCUUUUUCUCGCCAAUUUGGCAUGCCCACUUCCCAGUGCACUCUGAUUCCUCUUGGUGGCGCAGUGACUCACCUCGAUCUGGGUGGCGGAGGACAAAUCUCAGUUACCUCCGCUUCUGAGACAGUCAGGCUGCGCAUCUUAUCACGCGGCUUGCUGAGCACGUUACCGCGGAGACGUAGCAUGUGUGGAGGUUCACACUAUUUACUGUGGCAUCCACGCACAACUCGCCACGCACCCUACCGAGAGUGAGAACCCAACUAAUAGCGACCUUGAGGAAGAAACCCUUGGGGCUCAAAAUGGAUCGGUUAAAAUCACACCAUCUAAACUCAGAAGUGUCUGUUUCCUCUGCAACUGGCACUGGAGUCUAAAAACACUAAAUUGGCCCAGACUGCCCUCACUGGAAUGCAGAAGAUCCUUUGUGAGGAUUGCUUUGUUGCUUUGGAAACGGAGGUUCCAGAGAAGCAGCUUUUGAGUCAGAUCCUGGAAGCCAUCAGGGUGACGCCCACCCUACAUGAAGACCUGCAGGUGGAGGUCAUGAAGGUUCUGCUUUGUGCCACCUACUCCUCUACAUUUGAGAUCAAUGGCCACAACAUCUUGAGAAUUGCUGAGGUUUGUAUUGAGACAUACAUAUCAAGCUGGCAUCAACGCAGCAUCAACACAGCGGUCAGGGCCACCCUCAGUCAAAUACUGGGAGACCUCGCCCUACAACUGCGCCAUAGACAAGACAACACAGGUAUUGAUGGGGAGGAAUGUUCCAUGCCUGUGCUCCAGAGCAAAGAUAUCUCUCCCACAACUGAUUCACUGUAUGAAGAUGUUGUGAUGGUGCUCACUGUAUUCUGCGACAAACUGGAAUCUGUCUCAAAUGAACAGCAGUUGCUGCAGCUCUUAUAUCUGGAGUGUAUCCUGUCUAUGUUGAGCAGCUGUCCUCCCACAAUGCACCUACAGCGUCAUUUCACUGACCUCAUCUGGAAGCAGUUAUGUCCAACCCUGGUGGUGACUAUGGGAAACCCUGCGAGUGAUAAAAGCAUCACAUCUGCUCAUGGCGGUUCAUCUCAGGACUCAGACUUGGCAUCAGGGACAACGGUUUUAGAUCAAGGCCGAGGGUCUGGCUGCUCUUCGAGUACUCCUGCCAUGAUCGGCCCAGUGGUCCGCACCAUCUGCUAUGUGGCAGCAGAGUUAGUUCGUCUGGUGGGCUGCGUGGAGUCCAUGAAGCCAGUGCUGCAGUCCUUGUACCACCGUAUUCUGCUCUAUCCUCCUCCUCAGCAUAGAGUGGAGGCCAUCAAGAUUAUGAAGGAGAUUUUGGGAAGCCCCCAGCGCUUGUUUGACCUGGCUGGUCCAUGUGUCAUUGAGCCUGAGACAAGGAAGAGAUCCUUCUCGAAAAGGAAGUCACAUCUUGAUCUUUUCAAAUUGGUAAUGGAUGGUAUAACAGAAGCAUGUAUGAAAGGUGGGAUUGAGGCCUGCUACUCCUCUGUCUCCUGUGCGUGUGCCCUGUUGGGUGCUUUAGAUGAGCUCAGUCAAGGGCAGGGCCUGCAGCAGGACCAAGCUGGCAUGCUUUUGCGCCGAUUGGAUGAGCUAAAGGAGGGGGCGGAGUCUAUGCAUGAGUCUGUAGAACUUAAUGAGGCAGACUUCCGCUGGCAGCAGCAUGUGCUCUCAUCUGAGAAUGCUGCCAGGGAGAGUGCCUUUGCCGAACGCAGCCCUGAUAUCAGCAUCAGCGUUACAACUGACACAGGUCAGACCACUUUGGAAGGAGACAUGGGUCAGACCACUCUGCAAAGGGACUUGGGCCAGAACACUCCAGAGGACUGUGGGGAGGAACAACGCCAGCCAUCACCCACAGCGGGAACGGGACCUGACAUGCCAGAAUGCAUACGAGACCGUGGCCCUGCAGUAGCCAAUUCCAGUACUGCCCCCCCCGAUGUGGUUCAACGCAGCCAUGGCCUGGCCUACCCUGACAUCACCAACUUCCUGUCUGUGGAGUCUCGAAUGCGUUCGCACGGCUCACGCUAUAGCGAAAGCAACUUCAGUGUGGACGAGCAGGAAUUGUCCCGAACUGAGUUUGAUUCAUGCGACCAGUACUCCAUGGCUGCAGAAAAGGACUCUGGUCGCUCCGACGUGUCUGAUAUGGGCUCUGAUAACUGCUCGCUCGCUGAUGAGGAGCAGACACCACGGGAAUGUCCUGGACACCGUACACUACGGACAGCUGCUCUGUCCCUGAAACUGUUGAAAAACCAAGAAGCUGAUCAGCAGAGCGCACGGCUCUUUGUGCAGUCUUUAGCUGUGCUGCUGCCUCGUCUGCUAGGACUGCACAGUAUAACAGAUGUAGAUGUCUCCCUGCAGAACUUCUCCUCCACCUUCUGUUCAGGGCUGCAAGCAGGUGGUGUUCACUCUCCAGGCUUUGAGGGCAGCAAAAACUUGAGCUGUCAGGCUCUGAUGAAUGCUGAUGGAUUGUAUUUGUUGUCUUAUUACGCUCUACUGCUCAACCUUAAACUCUGUUGCUGUGACUACUACCACAGGAAGACCACGCCUGCUUUGGUCACUCUGAAGGAGUUUGUGCGUCAGGUCCAGAGCAGUGGUGUUCUGGUGGUUUUGUCUCAGGCAUGGAUUGAGGAACUCUAUAAUCAGGUGCUGGAGAGAAAUCUGCUGGGAGAGGCUGGAUACUGGGGGUCAGCAAAGGAGCAGUCUCUACCCCUCAUCACCAUGCUGACCGAUAUUGAUGGACUGGGCAGCAGUGCUAUUGGUGGUCAGCUGAUCAGAAAGGCCUCCACACAGUUGCCCUUCACCUGUGAUAAGAACAGCAGUGAUAACCUGGUUGCAGGUGUGGUAUUUGCCCGCUACAUCCUGACAGGCUGCUGGAAAAACCUGAUCGACACACUGUCCACGCCACUCACAGGACGCAUGGCAGGCAGCUCCAGGGGUCUCGCCUUCAUUCUGGGAGCGGAGGGAGUUAAAGAGCAAACCCAGAGAGAGAGGGACACCAUCUGCCUCAGUCUGAAUGGUCUACGCAAGGCUGCGGCCCUUAGCUGUGCUCUGGGUGUGGCAGCUAACUGUGCAUCAGCUCUUGCACAGAUGGCAGCAGCAUCAUGUGUUCAGGAAGAAAAAGAGGAGAAAGAACUGGGGGACACGGGAGACGCUAUUACUCAAGUUAAACAGCGUGUGGAGCAGAAGCUAGAGCAGAUGGGUCACUGUCAGGGUGUUAGUUUGCACACGGCACACGUGCUCUGCAUGGACGCUAUACUCAAUGUGGGACUGGAGAUGGGCAGCCAUAACCACGACUGCUGGCUGCAUGUGUUCAGAGUGAUAGAGUUUGUGAGUUCACUGGAACACACUCAUUUCAGUGACAGAGGCUCCCAACUGCCUAUCGCAAUAACGCAGGCACAGCAGGCCAUGGCAGUGGACCUGGAGCUGGAGUUGAGCGGUGAGGCCAGUCCAGAGCUUGAGCUGGGGCUUAGUCAUCCUGUCAUCCAGCCCAUGUCCAUCCAGGAGCUGUUGAAAGAUAGCAGUCGUGGGAAAGGCUUCGAUCUGCGCGGAGGGAGUCUGCUCACCGGCACCAGUGCAGCCAAAGCCGUCUGCACCCUUUCCACACAAGCUGACAGGUUGUUUGAGGAUGCAGUGAGUAAACUCAAUCUGGUGGGUCUGGUAGGCUUCCUGCAUCAGCUCAGAAAAGCUUCUCAGUCUCAACUCUUUGAUUCAGUCACAGAAACCGGAGACUAUUCCUUAGCCAUGCCAGGGGAGGCUAAGUCCACGCAGGAAAAACGCAGCGCUCUGCAUCUCUUCCGGCUGGGUGAGGCCAUGCUGCGCAUCGCCAAGAACAAGGGCAGACCACUGCUGCACAUGAUGAGGGCCUGGAGUGUGGUGGCUCCUCACCUAGUCGAGGCUGCCUGUCACAAGGAGCGUCAUGUAUCCCAGAAGGCCGUGUCGUUCAUUCAUGAUGUUCUGAUGGAGGUUCUGAGCAGCUGGGCAGAACUUCCACACUUCCACUUCAACGAAGCUCUCUUUAGACCCUUUGAGCACAUCAUGCAGCUGGAGCUCUGCGAUGAAGAUGUACAAGAUCAGGUGAUCACCUCUAUUGGUGAGCUGGUGGAGAUGUGUUCUGCUCAGAUCCAGUCUGGCUGGAGACCGUUGUUCAGUGCCCUCAGAACUGUGCACGGCAGCAAGACGGACAUGAAGGAUUACCUGAUAGGAGAAUAUUCUAUGGGGAAGUCACAGGCACCUGUGUUUGACGUCUUUGAAGCCUUCAUUAAUACAGACAACAUUCAGGUGUUUGCCAAUGCAGCGACGGAUUACAUCAUGUGCCUUAUGAAGUUUGUCAAAGGUUUAGGUGAAGUGGACUAUAAGGAGAUUGGGGACUGUGUUCAUAUGAGUGGAUUCAGCUCUACAGAUCUGUGUCUGCCUGCUCUGGACUAUCUGAGGAAAUGUUCACAGCUGCUUGCCAAAAUCUAUAAGAUGCCUUCUAAACCUGUGUUCUUGGGUGCGCGGCUGGCCAGCCUGCCCAUGCGAGCACAGGAGCGGUCCGUCAGCAGUGAGGACGGCAUGGACUGUGUGUUAGCCGAGUUUGAUGAUGACACAGGUCUGAUCCAGGUGUGGAUUCUUCUGUUGGAGCAGCUGACUGCAGCUGUGUCAAACUGUCCUCGUCAACAUCAGCCGCCGACACUUGAGCUGCUGUUUGAACUGCUGCGUGAGGUCACCAAGUUACCAGGACCUGGCUUUGCCAUCUUCUCUGUCAUUCAACUCCUUCUCCCUGUCAUGUCACUAUGGCUACAGCGAAGCCACGGCGACCAUUCAUACUGGGACAUCGCUGCAGCAAACUUCAAGCAUGCUAUCGGACUGUCCUGUGAGCUGGUGGUGGAACAUAUUCACAGCUUCAUCCAUUCAGAUAUUGGCUAUGAGAGUCUGAUUAACCUAAUGCUGAAAGAUCUCUUCAAACUGCUGGUGUCUUGUGUAGCUGAACCAGCCGAAACCAUUUCCAGAGUAGGCUGCUCCUGUAUCAGGUAUGUUCUGGUGACAGCGGGGCCUGUCUUCACUGAGGAGAUGUGGAGGUUAGCCUGCUGUGCGCUGCAGGACGCAUUCUCUGCCACACUGGAGCCAGUGAAGAAUCUGCUUGCUUGUUUCCGGAGUGGGUCAGAAAGUUUUAUGGGCGAUGCGUGUGAGGUGAAAGUGGCAGCCCCUUCACAUUCACCCUCAGCAGAAGCCGAAUACAUGAGGAUUCGGGCCAUGGCUCAACAGGUCUUCAUGUUGGAUACGCAGUGCUCCCCUAAAACUCCCAGCAGUAAGGAUGGUUUUGAGCAUGCUCAGUCCUGUGUGCUGAUCAUUGAACUUCCUGCCGAUCAGCAUUCUAACGGACACACUCAGAAGAGGAUUCCCUUCAGAACUCUAGUUGUAAGUUUACUGUCCCAUCAAGUGCUGCUGCAGAACCUGUAUGAUGUCCUCCUGGAGGAGUUUGUGAAGAGCUCUGAGGUCCAGGGCAGAGUCACACCAGUGUCUGAGCCCAAGCCUGCGGGAUUUCUGCGUUACAUUUCAAUGCAGAAUCUGGCCAUAAUUUUUGACCUUCUUCUGGACUCGUACCGCACCGCACGAGAGUUUGACACCCGUCCAGGGCUCAAGUAUCUGCUCAUGAAAGUGUCUGGAGUGUGUGGAGCAGCUAACUUAUACCGCCAGUCUGCCAUGAGCUUUAACAUCUACUUUCAGGCUUUGCUGUGUGCAAUGCUGACCAACCAGGAGAACAUCACUGUGGAGCAGGUGAAGAAGAUCUUGAAUGAGGAAGAUGAGGGUGGCUCUGACUCAUCACAGCAGUGCUCCUCUGAGGAUGAAGAUAUCUUUGAAGAGAUGGCUCAGGUGAGUCCUCCACGAGCUCGUGAGAAGUUCCAGUGGCAUGUCCGCAUUCCGUCACUCAGCACGGAGCCCGUCAGCAGCGUGGACUGGGCUUGGCUGGUCAAACGGCUGCACAAGCUCUGCAUGGACCUAUGCAACAAAUACAUACAGAUGCAUCUGGACCUGGAGAGCACCCUCGGAGAGCAGUUCACCCACCGGGCCGACCCGCUCUUCUUCUUGCCCCUUUUUAAUUCAGAGACCUCCACACCCUCUACCGGAGGUCUGUCGGGCCACGGGACACCCUCAGAGGACAGCUUCCACCUCCACCUGGAUGAGACGCCCUCAGAGGAGGUCCACAGCCCUGGUGUGGCAGGUGUAAGCCUCCCCCAGCUGAGAGGGGACAGAAGGGACAUGGGCCGUAAGAAGGAAUGGUGGGAGAGUGCAGGGAACAAGCUGUACACCAUCGCCACUGAUAAAACCAUCACCAAACUGAUGAUCGAGUACAAGAAACGCAAGCAGCAACAGCACAGCCACACCACAUUUGCAAAAGAUGUGAAAGGCGAGAAAAGGGGCGAGACAGUGACCCUGCAGGGCCUGGGCUCUCCAGGGCCCCAGAGACCCCAGCAACUAGUGGAGCAGGGGGCGAUGCGCCACUCCUUCAGUGCGGGGCCCGAGCUACUGCGGCAGGAGAAAAGACCACGAUCGGGGUCGACGGCCAGUUCUCACAACAUCUCACUCAGAGAUUCUGAGGCACAGAUACAGGCCUGGACCAACAUGGUGCUGACAAUCCUGAAUCAGAUCCAGCUCUUGCCGGACUCCACGUUCAUCGCACUGCAGCCGGCGGUGUUCCCCUGCAUCAGUCAGCUGACCUGUCACGUGACUGACCUGAGGGUACGGCAGGCAGUGCACGAGUGGCUCGGACGAGUGGGACGUGUUUAUGACAUCAUCCUGUGAUGACCAACAUCCUCGUCUAUAGAGCCGGUUUGCUUGUUAUUUAUUUUAGCCGACGGCAUUACCUGCUUACCUUUGCAAACUUUUUAUUGUAAUGCAGAGUGAUUUCUGUCUAAUACAAUUUCUUGUAGUGAGUGUUCUUCAAUAUUUAUGCUGUUAUAUUCAGAAUCACUAUUUAUUUAUAUCUAUGAAAUAUUACCAUACACCGAUCAGCCACAACAUUAAAACCACCUGCCUAAUAUUGUGUAGGUCCCCCUAGUGCCACCAAAACAG